CUCAGCUUUCACACACACUCCAAUACAUCCAAAUGGAGGAAUCAGGAAGGGACUGCUGUCUGCUGUUAUAGCACCGCUCUCACAACUAUGCCUCCCUUUUCCCUUUUUUGCCAUGGACAAGCUAACCAUGCUCUUGUUUUUGCUGACAUUGUUCAUAUUCAGUAAGGAUGGCAGAGUCACGGCUGGCUUUAAAGGCUCGGCCCGUGCCAGCCUCACCCUUAUUGAUGGCACUCAGGACCAGCUGGCAUACCAUCACAACCAUCAGGACAAUCAUGAUGGAGGGUUCUCUGGCCAAGAAGGGUCGACGUUUACCCUCAGGGUUCAGGUGAAGAAUGCCGUGAGCCAGCAGCCCCUGAGCCACGCAUCAGUGGAAGUGUUUGUAAACUACACACUCAUCAACUCCACCAUGACAGGCAGGGAUGGAGUCACUGUGCUCAGGGUGCCAUACACACACAGUUGGCCUCUCAUGCUAGUGGCCAGAAAAGAUGGCUACAUCCAAACACCAUUGCUGUGGAAAACCACCAAAAUUCCAAUUUUUUCAUCUGUAACACUGCCACUUUUCUACCAAAACCAAGGAAACAUAUGGCUGUUUGAAGAUUUGGUCAUCAUAACAGGCAAAAUGUCUGAUACUGUGCCACCUGCAAAUGUGCAGUUCCCAAAGAGGCUGCUCACUCUACCAGACAACAACAUCUCUUCAAUAACAGCCUACCUGACUGUGCCUAGACUUCCUGUAGAGAAACAUUUCUUCCCCAACACCACAGGCAUCAUCAUGAGCAAGUCAGGCUUUAGGAGUGUUGAGUUAAACCCAAUUGCUGCAGUUAGUGUCCAGCUCUUGUAUAAUGGAAUUGAUGUGCAGAUAUCAGGCCCUGUCCAGAUCACAUUACCUCUUGCUGAAAGCAGCCAAUCACAGCUCUCCUAUACUGUCCCAGCCUGGUCAUUUGACAGAAAGACUGGUGUAUGGGUGAAUCGUGGUUUGGGAACAGUUCAAAUGGAGAACAGACAUUUGGUUUGGGUCUACACUGCUCCCCAUCUGGACUACUGGAUUGCUGCCCCUUUUCCCUCAUCCACUGGUUACAUGGGACAUGAAAGCCCUCUGGAUUUCAUUUCAUACAAUGCAUACCUUCUUAUUCCAGUAGUAGGAGGAGGUUUAAUUAUUGCUGUAGGAUUGCUUGCUGUGGUGUCAUGUUAUUGUAGAGACUCCCUGUGUAAGCGAAAAAGAAAGCGAGUCCACAGCCGAAAAACAGCCGUUCAGAAGAAAGACCAGACCACUGGUAGAAACAACAGCAAUGAGCAGUUGGACAUUUCUUUUAAACCUCCUACACACAAACACAGGCAUCGUUCAGCUGCAUUUCAAAGCACAUCAGUCUGUAAGAGGGAUCAUGAAAACCUAGCUAAAACUUCUCAAGAGUCUACGAAAACCUUAGAGACGCCACAAAAUGUUAACAGUAGUGAGCUUGUGAUACCGGUCUCGCUGCAUGAAAAUGUGUGUCUUCCUGAAAGCUUAGUUCUGUAUAACCAGUCUGUAGCUUUGAUUCAGGUUCCACACCACGUCACUUCAUCAGACCAAGCAUCAGGAAGCAGGUCCGCCACGCUACCUAGGAAGGCGGUCCAGUACAGUGGCCUGGAAAAACCAAAAAUGGCACUACUCUCAGAUUUCAAACAGCAAGACAUAACUAUGGAGAUGACAUAUGAAGAGCCCAGAGCUAAAGGCUGGAGCUGCUUGUUGGAGUCUGUGUCUGUCCCAGACACCCUGAACAAAGCUACAGGGAUGGACACUUCCUGUGGGACUAAUCAAGGAAGCUCUGAGCAGACACUACUGGAGCUGUCCAAAAAUAAACCCUUCCCUCAUCCAAAAGCUUGGUUCGUUUCUCUGGAAGGAAAACCUGCUGCACAGGUCUGCCACUCCAUUGUAGACCUUCGGAAAUGUCACCUCCUACUCACUGACAGUCAGGACACCAGUCUGGACUCAGGCGUCGACCUCAACGAGCAGCAUCAAAAGCAGAACCAGAGCUAUCUGAAAAGAAAUACAGCUCACACACAGGCAAUCUACUCAGAGAAUGCAGAUCUGAGCAGCUGUGAGAGUGGUACAAUCAUAGCCUGCACCCCAGAAGAGCUCUUGCUCAAAAACACACACCAGAGCAGCGGUGGAACCGUGUCCUACCUACCAGAGGAGAAAUGCGAUGAUGACACAUCAUACGAGGGCAGCGAAUGUGCACCAAGCCCUCGAGUGCAAAGGCUUAGGAAGGCAAAGGAAAAGCCAAAAAGCACCUGGCACCGGAGGGAGGAAAGACCGCUUAUGAAGCUAAACUAAAAGCACAUUGUUAAAAAUGUUUUAGUUAUUAUUAUCAUCAUCACCAUCAUCGUCAUAUCAUAUAGACUUUAAAACCUAAAAUAAAAUGUCCAUUUACUGAAAACACUGCUAGAAGCCAUCAUGUUCAAACUUUAAGUGUUUCCUUUCUGUAAAAUUUCUUCUUUUUUUCUCCUUUAAACAUAAUAUUAUCCUUGCAAAGUUAUGUAAUCUUUUUUUUUUUUUUUAACUGCAAUGGGUUUAUUUAUUUGUUUGUUUCUUUUACACAGAUAAUUCUACAUAGAUAUUUUACACAGAUAAUUCUACACAGAUAUUCCACUUAAUUUCACAGUGAAAUUGUAUUUAAGCCUUGUACAGUCGAGGUCACAAGUUUACAUACACCUUGUAGAAUCUGCAAAAUAUUAAUAGCUUUUAAAAAAUAAUAAUAAUAAUAAUAAUUUUGAAAAGAUGGAUCAUAAAAAUUGCAUUUUUUUUUAUUUAGUACUGCCCUGAAUAAGCCAUUUCACAUAAGAGAUUUUACAUAUAGUCCACGAGAUAUAAUAAUAACUGAAUUUACACAAAUGAACCAGUUAAAAAGUUUAGAUUUGUUCAGCAUCAGUGAAUGUUUGCACCUUUUGUAAUAGUCGUGUACGAGUCCCUCAGUCGUCCUCAGUGUGAAAAGAUGGAUCCCGACAUCAUAUAGCCGCUGUUGGAAAGAGGUCAAAUAUGCAGAAGAUGCUGGAAAAGUAAAGAAAGUGCAGGACCUGGAGGAUUUUUCUGAAGAACAGUGGGCAGUUUAACUGCUCAGGGCAAACAAGGGACUCAUGGACAACUCUCACAAAACAUAAACACAGUCACUGAUCAUCCACAGUAUUAAUAAUCAAGCUGUAAAGUAUGUAAAUGUUUGAACUGGUUCAUGUGUAAAUUCAGUUAUUAUUGUGUCUUGUGUAUAUGUAAACAUCUGUUAUGUGAAAUAGCUUAUUCAGGGCAGGACUAAAUAAACAAAAUGCAAUUAUCUUUUAUUAUUAACAUUUUAUAGAUUCAUCAAGGCGGAUGUAAACUUAUGACCUCAACUGUGUCAUUGUAAAACUCAUCAUAGCUGAAUGAAGCUUACUGAAUACAUUUAAUUCUGAGCUUUUCUUUCUUUCCUUCUUUCUUUCUCCAAAGAUUGCACAGGUUCCUAUUUGUUCUCAUGAUAAAAGGCAGUCUAAAUGCUGAAAGUAUUUAAUUGUAUUGUAUGAUACAAUGCACUGUUUGUAUAGUUUUAGUUCAUUUCUAACGAUCGGUCAUAAAAUAGGCCAAUGCCUUUUGACAAAUGAGACAUUUUGUAGGCAUCAGGUGUGGAAAUCAAUUUUAAGGAUAAGCUGCUACUUCCGAAAGACGUUUCCUCGUGCCAUGGCUGCUUAAAAAGGCCUACUGCAUGCUUAACACAUAUGGUGACAUUUUGUGUUAUACUGCUUUGAUGUCAUCUGCCAUGUGUUUUCAAUAUGCAAAUAAACAAUUCUGAUUGUUUCG